AUGGUAGGAGAAUUCUCGUAUGCAGGAACAUCUUGUCGCCUUCGCAUCGAGUUUGUGACGCUGUCUGGUGAAGUGAAUUCGAGAGAGAAGUGUCUCUCGUUGUCAUCGCUUUCUUGGGAAUUGGGAUGGCCGAGAACCCCGAGUACACCGCUGGGAGAGUACGAGUACAUCAUCAACCCUGUGAACAUGAGAGCGAGCCACUGGGACAUCAUUGUUAUUCGUCUGACCUACGUGGACACACCGAAAAAGAUUUUGCGUGUGCAAGUAUACAUGUACGAGCCUUUGAUGGAUGAGGAAUACCAUGAUGAUUUGGAGGUCGUUAUGAAAGGUGUUGCAAAAGAUGACGAGAAGAAUAUUGCUGAAAAAGAAGGUAUUCGUGGCUUUCUUGAACGAUGGCAUGCCGCUACAGCGGAUAAUGUCCCUCUGAUAAUUAAUCCAGUCGAAUGGAUAAAAGCUCCUGAACAGCCAGACGGAUCUAGCUGUGGUGUUUUGGGUGGUGGCUCAGGCCCACAGCUGUCUUACUGGAAACAUGAAGCGGCAAAUCUACAGUGUUUCGAAGAAUGA